AAAUGGCUGACAUAUACUGAAGAAAAUUGGUAUCAUUAAAGAUUUUCAUUUUAGGGUCAACUGAUCAAACCCAAAAUAGGUUCAGAUUUUCAGUUUUGGAACUCUAUAAAUGGCAUGCAUGAAAUGCUGUUGACACAGAUGCUUUGCCUCUGAGAAUGUUUGGUUGAAACCAGUACAAUUAUACCUUACUUCCUCCAAAGGAAAACCAGAUUCAUCGUCCAUGCGGCCGUUUUAUUGUUACAUAAGACUGGGAUAACUAAUCCUAGCCUUACAUACAAUGAAAAACAAAUGGAGUCGGCACUUCGCCUCCAUUGCUACACCCUCCCCCGCACACCCCUUCCCCUUCGCAUCCCUUCUUCCUACCAUGCCGCAAAUCUCCAAUUCAGCUUCCGCCGUUCUCCUUUCUCCCCUGGUAAAGGCUUCAGGAGCUACCCAGCUAGGCAAAUCCUUGGUCCAAUAACUUGUGCUGCAAGUGGGUUUCGGACACCAUCAAGACGCAACAAAGCCAAUGACCACAACAUGGCUAAAAGGGUGGGAAGGGCGUCUUUCACUUUGGCUUGCGUUAUUGGAAUCAUCGGUUGCAGCUUUUGGGUGAAACAGGAAGUCAUGGCAGCUCGUCAAGUAGGGAAAGUUUCCUAUCAAAUGAGAUCAGCAGCCCGAGAGGGUGUGUCCAUGAGGCCAGAUUCUGCCACUAAGGCUAACCCUCAGUGCAAAUGCUAUAGAGAUCGACGUAUUGCUAUCCAAACGGGGUCAGAGUCGAAUACGAAUGCAAAUCUUCAGAAGUCCAAUUCCCAAGUUCCUGCAUCAGUCCCUCAAGCUCUUGAUAAGGUGGAGGAUCUGCCCCAAUCAAAAUUAGUGCCUCCGCAGGCCUCAUCUCCGCCCCAAGGUGGGGAAAGUGCUUCCUCAUCAAGUGUUAGUCGAGAAAGCUUACUUUCACAGAAUAAGGCGGAGGAGCAACUCAAACCUGAGUUGCAGGGGAAGACCAUUGAUGUAAAGGUCUCCCAAAUUGAUGGUAUGGUGGAGCAUUUGCCCCUGUCACAAUUAGUGCCUCCGCCCCAAGGUGGGGUACGUGCUUCCUCAUCAAAUGUUAGUCGAGAAAGCUUACUUUCAGAGAAUGAGGCGGAGAAGCAACUCAAACCUGAGUUGCAGGGGCAGACCAGUGAUGUAAAGGUCCGCCAAAUUGAUGGUAUAGUGGAGGAUUUGCUCCUAUCACUAUUAGUUCCUCCGCCCCAAGAUGGGGUACGUGCUUCCUCAUCAAGUGUUAGUCGAGAAAGCUUACUUUCAGAGAUUGGGGCGGAGAAACCUGAGUUGCAGGGAAAGACCAGUGAUGUAAAGGUCCCCCAAGUUGUUGCUAAGGUGGAGGAUUUGCCCAAGUCACAAUCAGUGCCUCAGCAGGCCUCAUCUCCGCCCCAAGGUGGGGAAAGGGCUUCCUCAUCAAGUGUUGGUCGAGAAAGCUUACCUUCAGAGAAUAAGGCAGAGAAGCACCUCAAACCUGAGUUGCAGGGGAAGACCAGUGAUGUAAAGGUCCCCCAAGUUGUUGCUAAGGUGGGGGAUUUGCCCCAAUCACAAUUAGUGCCUCAGCAGGCCUCAUCAACUGUUAGUAAAAAAAGCUUACUUUCAGAGGACCGGGCGGAGAAGCACCUCAAGCCUGAGGCUCAGGAAGAGUUGCAGGGCAAGAGCAGUGACGUAAAGGUGAAUUCAAGUAUGAGUGCAACUUAUUUCUCUCCAUCCCAAAGCCCUCAGAUUGACUCAGGCGUGGGUGCAGUCACUGCUUUCAACAAGGGUUCCUUAGCCUCUCCUUUGGUUUCCAUUACGUUCAAGGUAGAUCCUUCUCCCAUGCCAAGUCUGACGUUUGUUUCUCCUUCCACGAUCAUGCCAGUGGAACCAAGGCAUGAAAAGUCAAAGUCUGAUAGAGAUGAUGGGACCAAAGUGCUUGUACGAGGUGUACCAGUGUCUCCCUCCAUUGCACCUAUGGUUGAGGAAAUUUUUGCCGAGCAUGGAGACAUUACUGCAAACUGUCUCUUCAAGGAUCAAGCUUUCCGUGGUUAUCUAGUAGAGGGUUUGGUAACUGUAAUGCAACUAAUGCAAGAGUACCCAGCGCGAAAGCUGACUCAUGAUGAUUUUAGAUUUAUGUACAGAAAGCUAGAAGAUCUGGAGAGGGUGAAGGUGAAUGUGGGGUGGUUAAGGGAGCAAAUUGAGGCCUUAGGACCUUUUUUGAACGUGGUAGAAUAUAGAAGGAAGUGGGAGACGAUGGUAGCAGAGGUGGAGAAAAUGCGGGCCAAAUUGUCUGAACAAGAGGCAAAGUUGGCACUGGCCCAGAAACAUAUUUUGGCACUACAUGAAGGGGCGCUGGCCCAGAAACAUACGGAUAAAGAAGAGGGUGAGACUCAGGGGACCAUUGCCCAGAAACAUACGGUUAAAGAAGAGGUUGAGACUCAGGGGACCAAUGCCCAGAAACAUACGGAUAAAGAAGAGGUUGAGACUCAGGAGACCAAUGCCCAGAAACAUACGGAUAAAGAAGAGAUUGAGACUCAGGGGACCAAAAACUUAAAGAAGGAAGAUGAGCCUGAUGAUGAAGGGCUGUGGCAAAACCUAGGGACCCUUUUGCACGCUUUUGGAUUUGGCUCUUUGUUUUACUUGCUCUUUUUGUCUAAAUAAAAAAAAAAAGAAAAAGAAAAAAAAAAAACUAAGCAAGGAAUGAUGUAAUAUGUGAUUUUUAUUGUCCUUUAAAUGGAACAGAAAAAUAUAUAUGAUUGCAGGAUGACUUUUUACAAACGAAAGAGCAAAAUUGCUGAUGAACGGAUAUAAAAGGUUAGUGUUUAUGAUCCU